UAAGGGUCAUUUUUGCACUUGGCCUGCGUAUAUAAAGCGCUGCUAAUAGUAAUAGAGCAGACCCGAUUGAAUGGCGACGCUGAAGACAGACUCUCCUGUGUCGCGUCGCAUAGUCCAUUCCUUCUUGCGCUUUCUUGAUUCCGUGGAACCUGCUGAAGAAGUUGAUGAUGAAGGACUUGAGGUUGCUAAGCAAUGUCUGUCAGAGGCUUUUAAGAUUGAUCCUUCAUCUUAUACCUCAAGUUCAGAUUCAUUAGUGGACAUAUUCAGUGCACGAGAAGCAGUUGACCAAAGCCAAAUAAAUGUAGAUCUUAGGCAUGAUGUAUCUUCGUCAGAUGCUCCUUGUACAUCUUCAGGGCAGAAGGUUGUAGAUGCUAAAGAUGCAGAUGGAUCACAUUUGCUGGCUGAAGAUGGGACAAAAGAAGCUCAAACUUUUGGUAUAUCCAAAGAUGAGCUCUUUGGGCAGUUUUUUGAUGCUCUUGAAAAAGCUUACUAUUUCAGAAGCUUGCCAGAUGGAAGAGACGAUCAGGCUCAGCUGGAUAGAGCAUCAAGGAUAUUUCACACUGCUUUGGAGGAGAUGCAAAAAUCUGGAUGUGCUAUGUUUGAUCGAAACAAUCUUGCUGAGAUCUUAAAAUCGCAAGGUAAUAAAGCAAUGCAGUCAAAACUUUACACUGAUGCUAUUGAGCUGUAUUCUUUUGCAAUUGCACUUUGUGAAGAUAAUGCAGUUUACUAUUGCAACAGGGCAGCUGCUUUAACCCAGAUCCACGAAUAUGAACAAGCAGUUCAAGACUGCCUAAAAUCUAUUGCAAUCAACCCGAAUUAUAGCAAGGCUUAUAGUAGAUUGGGUUUUGUCUAUUAUGCUCAAGGGAAGUACCGUGAUGCCAUAGACAAGGGAUUCACAAAAGCGUUGCAGUUGGAUCCUAAUAAUGAUUCCAUCAAAGAAAAUAUACGGGUAGCAGAACAAAAGUUAAAAGAAGAGCAACAGAAGAGGGAGAAUGAUCAGAGCUCAACCUCUUCGAGUCAUGGACAAGACUCAAAUCACCAGCCUGGUGGGGCACCUAGAAAUCAUGGCAUGCCUCCACCAUUUGCAUCAAUGUCAUUUGAUGUUAAUGGCAUUCCUGAUUUGAGUAACAUGUUUACGCACAUGACAAGAGAUGCAUUUCAAGGGCAGCAUGGUCCAAAUGCACCUGAAGGAAGCAGCAACACUGAUUCAACCAACGAGCCCGGAAUAAGAAUAAGCAGGAACAUCAAUGUCGAUUUUGGUGAACAGAUGCCUGAGGAAUUGACUGGGGCCUUGAGGUCUGUUAUGGAGAUGUUUUCAGGAGCACAACCUCCUAGGAAUCCUCAGGAUAGCAUGAAUGGAAGGUCAAUGCAAGAUUGAGUCAUUAAUGUUAAAGAGCGCCUCAUUCUUGAUGUUCCUUUUCGAUGAACUGCAUUCUUGAAUUUGAAUUGAUUGUUUUCCCCUCAACUUGAUUUGUAAAUUAAAUAUCUAAAACUCGGUUUGCAGUGUAAUCUUAAGUGCUUGACUACUGAGGCUUUUGUUUUUGCAAUCUCGUGUAGAAGAUUAUCUAUUGACAAAAAACAUAGUUGUCAAAAAGCUUUAGAGUGCCCUUUUUGCAGUUAGCA